AUGCCCAGUAAUGUGAUGAACAUGAGGCAAAGGUCUGGCGAGCCCAUAUGGGAGUUCCUCACUCAUUUCACGAAGGCUACUCUUGAAGUGAAAAAUCUACUAGAUGGAGUAGCAUAUAGCUCAUUGUGCAAUGGGAUUACGCACCCAGAUCUAGUAUGCUCUUUAGCACUUGAUCUGCCAGUAACAAUGCUAGACUUGCUACAAAGGUAUAACCAGUAUGCCAACAUGGUCGAUGUUCUGGAAGCCAAAGGAUUGGUGGAGAAGCCCAAGUCGGAUAAAAAGAGAGCUAAGCGUCCAAGGGAGGAAGAUCGAGAAUACAAGAAACAUAAAUCCAAUUGUGCAACAGACCAGGGAGAUGCUCCUGAGAGAUACGAGCUGGACCGAACGAGGACCAAUAUCUUGAUGGAGAUCCAGGACCAAAAAUUUCUAUAUUGGCCUCGGCCAAUGGUUGUAAAACCAGAAGUAAGAAAUCCCAACAAGUACUACAGGUAUCACAAGGAUCAUAGGCAUGAUACAGAAGACUGUAAAGCCUUGAAGAGAGGAAUUGAUGAACUCAUUAAGGCAGGCUAUUUGAAUAAGUAUCUAAAGCAGAAGUUCGGAGAGUAG